AUGACCAUCUCCGUGCAGAAGAGCUCAGACGGUUUGAGGAUCCAGGCUCACCAAGACCUACCCUAUGUCCCAGAGUCAAAAGAUGAGCUCCAAGUCUCACCGCUAGCUCGAAGGACUUUUAUCGUUGUCCCGGGGCGAGCCCCGGCCGCCUGCCCACAGAGACAAGCCGUGCUAGCCGGCGGCCGGACGAGACUCCGGGCCAGCCGUACUGAGGCGGCGGGGCCUCCCGCUGCCUGCCCCUCCCCUCGCGGGUCGGGGCUCCCGGGGCAGCACCUGGCGCGCAGACAUGCCCUCCCUUACACAGCGGCCGCUUGCCCCCAGCGGCGGGGACAACGCGACGCAGCCCCGUCCCUGCGCGCCUCCCGCCGCGGUGCCGGCGUGAGGUAUCCUAUGCGACAGGCGCGGACGUGCCGCUUACAUAAUCACCGCCGGCCGCACACGUACCCCGCGUUACAUAAGGGACCGUGCGCCCGGCAGCCCCCGCGCCGCCGGCCCCCACCCGCCGCUGCCCCCGCGACAGCCCCGCCGGCGGGCGGGCCGGGGGAAGGAGGUAGGGAAGCAGGGGGGGGGCCCCGGCCCCGGCGGCUGCCCCGGCCGAGCCCCUCGUUAACCCCCUUCCUGUGGCGUUUAUACGUCAUGGAACAUUCCCGGAACGGGCCAACGUCCCACCCACUUCAGGGAACAGUCACCGCGGCGCAGCGCGCACACACACACACUCACGCGCACCCCGGCGCGGCGGUGGGGCUCCCAGCACAGACGCACACCCCCUGUGCCCGCCGGCCUCUCGCCGCACCUCCCGGCGACGUGAUGGCAGCCGGAGCCACCCCACCGCGUACCCCGCUGCCCCCGGCGCGCUGCCUGCCGCCGCGCCGGGUGGCCCCGGGCUCCCCCCUGCAGGGCACCCCCUCAGCAUCCCCGGAGGGCGCCGGAGGCCGCGGAGAGAGCCCCGCCGGGCUGGCCCCCCAAGCGGGCGCUUGUCCCCGGUGCUGGGUAUUCCCCGCAUUUCCUAACGGCGUGACACCGACAAAGGCCGGACCUCGGCCCCCUCCCGCGCCAGCUCAGCGGGGCGCCGGGCCGGGAGAAGGGCCGCCGGCCGUGGUGCCCCGGGGCCGGUGCCGGUGGCUGCCAGCGCCCCAAGCCGCCGCCACAGAGGUGACUUACCGGUCCGGCGGUUUUACAGCCCCGCCGGCUUCCUCUGCCGGCGCCCUCCCCCGCGCCUCCCGCCGCCUGCCCUCCAUUUACCCCCUCAGCCCCGCGGCCGGGGGAGCCCGGCGGCAGCUGCUCCCGGUCGCUGCUCGAGUGGCACUCGGAGCGCCGGCGUCGGACCCCCCCGGCUUGGCAACCGCCCUCUCUGCCGCGGCCCGAACGCCGACCCCGCGGCUCCCCGCACCCAGGCCCGCCGUCGGCGUGCACCCGCAGGCGGCUCGGCGCGGCUGUCAGCUGGUGCCAGUGACAGGGGACGAGCGGCAGGCGGGGAGGAGCGGGUUGCCCGCAGAUCACCACCAUCGCCCUGGCAGCGGCGGAGGGCUGGUGUUGCACUCGGGGGAGAGGCGGCGGCCCGGGAGCCGCAGCCCGCCCUGCCCGGGGCGGGGGGAGCGCUGGCGCUGCGGGCAGAUCUUGCCGGGCUAUUCCUGGCACCACUUCCCAGAACACAACUUACGGGGAGGCGAGCGCGCAGCGAGCGCGGGGAGCGCGCCGCCCGUGACGUCACCGGGUCCCCCCGCGCGCCGGCGGGGGAGCGAGCCAGCGAGCGGGGCGCGACCGGCAGCGCCCGCCCGCGUGUGUGCGGCGAGGGGCGAGGUGAGCCGUGCAGCCGGGGAGGGGAGGAAGGAGGCAGGGCUUCGGAGGGCGAAGCCGCGGCCUCUCCCCGCCGGCGGAGAUCGCCGCUCCCCCUCCCCCUCCCCGCCGAGGGAACUCCCAGGAGAGCCGGUCCCGACUUGCCGCGCGUCCUCCCGGCCGGAGAAUUUCCUCCCCCCUCCUGCGAGGAGGAGGAGGACGCGGGAUCCUCCUGCCCGCUCCCCUCCCUUGCGCUUCCUCGUUCCUCCGCGCCCCGCUCCCGCCUGCCCGGGAUCGCGCUAUCUGUCAGGGAGAACAAUACCGCAUCGGGAGUCCCGGUGCUGGCUUCACGACCCGCCUGCCGCCGGCGCCCCCGAAACUGGGCAAAAUUCUGCCCGCUGCGCAGGCGGGCACCCGACCCUCCCUCACCCCUUAGGACACGGCCCAUGCAACUGGUCCGCAGAGGGCAGAGAGCCGUGCCCGCCCGCGCCGGACUCUGCCGCACACACACGCAUUUAUUUUAACAGCCUCUCAAUGCCAGCGCGGCCCGUGACAGCGACACGACAGUGCCGGCGGGGAUACGGACUGCUACCACCGCUGCCACCACCGCUGCCGCCACCGCGGCCGCCGCCGCGGCAGCCACCACUACCACCUCACGGCGGCUUCACGCCGGCCCGGGGCCCGCGGCCCCGCUUCCCCUCGCCGCCGCCGCUCACGGGGCCGCCUGCAGCCAAUGAGCGCCCGUAA